ACCAACUUGUUUUGAACCCUGGGAACCACGUGGAGGACCUGGGACCGGGCCUUCCACCGUCCAGGAGUCGAACACUGCAGUUUCACUUCUCUCCUCGCAGCACCAACACCUGGGAGCCAUGUCAGCGGGAGGACAGAAAAGCGGGAGCCGUGAAAUCCCCGCGGUACGACGGGUCGCCAUCCACGAUGCUGCCCACAUGCCCCAGGAUUACUCCACCACACCGGGGGGGACCCUGUUCAGUACCACACCUGGAGGCACAAGAAUCAUAUAUGACAGGAAGUUCCUCCUGCAGUGUCGGUCAUCUCCUCUGACACGUACGCCCCCGAAGCUGCCUGACAUCCCCGGUGUCACCAGUCCCCUGAAGCGGGGCUCGUCCACUGAGGCCAACCCAGCGGAGCUGCCCCCCGACACCAACAACAGCCCACACUCGGAGAGCGCAGGGGAAGAUGACCAGUUUGAAAUGGACAUCUGAAGAAUAUUUGAUAUUUUUCUUUUUUUUUUGGUAGAUCGUAAGAGCAAGCCUAGUUUUUUCAAACUAUGUCGGUUCUUUUUAUUUUGCUGUCAAAUAAUGUGAACGUUUAGAAAAUAUAAUUUUGAGUUAUUUUUGCCUUGUGUAAUUGUAAUUACCUCGUGACUAUUUUUUUAACGGUUAAGAUGAAAUUAGAAUAGUCGUCUGUACAGGGCUCAAUCAUGUUGUGUCUUUUUACUUUGUGCUCAAGUGGAUUACUUGCUGCAUGGAAUUAAACAGUCUGUGACUUCCUACU